AUGCCUGGGGAGAGGCCCCUGCAAACCCGGGAAUGGUCAGAUAAACAAGCAAGUGUGGAGAGGGACGAGAAAGGAGAAUGGAAAGAAAGAUCCUUGAGGAUAAAACAGUUGGAAGGAGCAAUGAUUUAUCUUUCCAUAGGGGGAAAUGGGGAGAAGGAAAGUAAAUUAAGAAGAGAGGAUGGGAAGAAUUUUCCAGGCAGCGCCGCCGCCUCCUCCUCCCCUGCCGGGAGAGACCAGGCCCCGGCACGGCUCGGGCCGGAUUUGGAAGACGGGGCUCUCGGGAAGCGGGCAUUCAGGGGCACCCUGCAAAACGCGGGUUCCUUGGCCCCAGCAGGGUGGCCGGGGACAGCGCCCGGCCCGAGGCGGAACAGGCAGCCUGCGAGAGCAGCCGUGACCUCCGACCCCGCCCGCCGGCAGCCAAUAAGAGCGCAGGUCGUCUCCAAACCCAAAAUUUCCACGUCGGCAAAAGUCAAGAUGGAAGGGAGCGGAGCGGAGCGCGAGGGGGGAGCCGGCCCGGGAAUGCCUGGCGGCCGGCGCUGGAGGGGCAGGCUGGGGAACCAGCGGCGGGCGCACGCGGGGCCACCCUUGAAGGCGUCCCGGCCCAGCGCGAUCACCGCCUCCAGCCCCAGGAGACUCUGGGCGCCCCGCACUCCGCCAGUUGCCCGUGCACCCCGGCCCAGGGGACGCAGCCCACUGCCCCUCCGGCCUUGGCUUUUAGGGGUGGUGGGGGAAUGGAACGGUGGUGAGGGGUUGGGGAACGAUGGGGAAGGCACUUUCCAGACCUGUUGCACGCGCGCAACAGCUGUUCAGGUGCGGUAUGUGGCGGGGAGGGGGUCUGCCAGGGCGGGGAACACAGUGGUCGCUUCUGCUGUAGGGAAAGGGGGUUGCCGGGCGAGGGAGAAGAGCGGUGUUGGGGAAUGUGUGCAAGGUUUGUGCGAACGGGGUCUGCGGGAAGCACUGCCUAAUGGAGCAGGGAGAAUCCCAAAGAGUGGGUGGAUGGAACGGAGGGGAUGGGACAGCUUCGACCCGAGUUCCCAGGGCUGGGCGCGGGCGCCUGGAAGACCGGGAAUAGAGUGCUGGGAAUGGCUGGGGAAGGGGAGUCUCUGGGGAGGCCCCGAAAUGCCGGGCUUUCUUGGGCUGUCCCAUCUUCGGGGCUUUUCCCGGGCCUGUAUUUGCUCCCCACCGUUUAACUCUUCCAUCUCUGAAAAUUCGUCCUCGUGCAGCGCCCCCGCCCCCAGCUUUCCAGAUGGGAAGGUAAAAAGUUGCCACAAGUUGGAUAGAGUGAGUUAGCUGCCUGCAAAAGUUUAGAUAACUACCGAGGAGGUGGGGUUCGGCCACGAAUGGGUUCUAAUCUGAGGACGGGUAGGAAGGAAGGGGAGGGAGACUGUGCGAUUCUUGCAGCCCCUUUGCUGUGACUUUGCGACCAGAAUUUGUCGAAUCGGGCUGUUAAAACACCAUUUCUUUUGGGCAUUUGCUCCUGCUGACUCUGGCAGUAACUUUCCAUAAUUAAUGACCCGUUCCAUUAUCGUUCGCAUCCUGAGCAAAAUUGCUUUUAACGAGUUAUUCUUCUUUGUCUUAGCUGGGGGGUGGGGGAGCUCACCUGCAGGAAGAAACUUCUGAGGAAGAGAGCACGUUUGGUCUUUUGAGGCAAAGUUCUGAGACACUCCGACUCUGAGUAUGAUAGAAGUCAGUGCACUACAGAACUUUGUCUCUAGAGGCUUUGGUCGCCGCUGCCGCGAGGGUUCCAGAGUGGCCCUGGUGGCCACGUCGCUGCGCCUUUCCCUUGGGGGAGGGGCGAGACCACAGGGGGUCCAAGUGCUGCAAGAGGAACUUGAUCAACUCCUUUGAAGCCGGUGGGUUAAACCCUGUAAAUGGGAAUAAAAUCCCCAUAAAUCUCUUUAUCACCCUGGUGGACUCCUGACUGCAGAAUUUUUUGGUUUAAAGAAGAAAAAAAUUAAGCUUUGGACUUUUCAAGGUUUCUUAACAGGUACUGAAAGAGUGGCCUCACUGAGCCAGGAGAAGAGAGCUGCAGAUUUAUUAAUGGGUGUGUUAGUUUCCAGUGCCUUGCAGGAAUUUAAACUCUUUACCCUUAAAGAAGGAAAUAUAUUUGUACAAAAGCCACAGAUAAUGGUCCUUUUACUCAAGUGACCUGCUGGAUAAACGACAGCCUGCAGAGAUUGAUUUUGGAGAUCUAGUCUCAAUUCUGUUUCUGGCUUAGGUCCAGUUCACUUUUGUUUUUUAAAGUAAGUUUUAUUAAUGGAAAGAGGAACUUUUUCCAAGAAAGCAUUCUGAAAGGUACUGGGGAAGGACGACGUUUAUGCUUUUGGGCUGUGAAGAUACUUUAGGUGGAGAGACUGCUCUCUCAUCUCUAGUGAAAUGGAGGUUUGGGUUGGUGAGUUCCUAUCAAUAGCCUGCUCUGUGUAACUGGCACCAAAUUGUUGUCUUGUUCCAUGGACAUUGCCCUCUUUUGGUUUCAUGAGCUUUUGGCCUGGCACAGGACACUUGGUGGUGGGGAAAAAAGGAAAUGGUUCGUGUGCCGGUGGUGCUGACAGUCAGGUAGGGGAAGGGCCUUCUUAAAUAUUUUAAGGGAUUCUUCAGAAGCCUUGGGGUUGCUUGUUUCUGUCUCUGGGAAGCCCUUGAUAAAGAAAGUCAUCAUUUUUUUACUUGGGUAUAUUCCAGUGGUUUAUCAUGGGGAGAGGUAUGAUAAUGGAGGAAGCCUCGGUGAGGGAGAAGGUAUAGAGUUGCUUGAUGUUAGAGCUGAAUGGCAGGACCUACCGGUUGCUUUUCACAGGAAUGCUGUGUCUUGAUCCUAAGACAGCAUGUAUUCUCUUUUGUGUGGCCAUUAUCCAUUCUCCCACUUUUCCAUCAGUGACUGUUUUGCUUUUGUUCCUCAACCCUUCACCCAAAAAUGGCUAAAUUAUCUCUGUGCAGUUAAAUAAAAUGAUCCAAACUCAGGUACAUCUUGUAUUCAUUUGAGAUGUAAGGAAUGCUUACUUGUAAAGAGGAUUCUCUUUUCUGGUACUUAUGUCCGUACAUGUCCACAAGAUAGUCUGAAGAUACUGAAUUCUAAGAAAACUUAAACCAACUCUAAGAGAAUGGGAGGGUAAAGGGUGGAGUGGUUGACUGGGAGAGUAGUCAUCCAUACAAAGGAAUUAGGUCAGGAUCUGUCACCUCCAAAGAAAGGUAAGGUUUGGAGUCCCUGACAUGAUUCAGUCUGGUUUGACUUUUAUGCUUACAUGAUUUGUGUUUCUCCUGUCUGUGACCACAAUUGAGUUAAGGACUAACCAAGCAGGAGGGCUGUGGUUUAGUCUGGUGCUAAGGAUGCCAGGAGUAGGAACUG